CAAAUAAUCUUCUUGUGUGAUAAAACCCACCCACCCACAAACACUGCUGCUCUCCGCCAUUCCAACAGUUAUUACGAUCAUUUGAUUACACACAGACACUGAAAGCUUCAUUCACAUUGUAAUUAGGGUUUUUGACUCUUUCUUUAAUCAGCCAGGCAUCUCAGAAAAUGGCGUAUGCAUCUUUGAUGCCAGCAAAAUUGGGGUUAGAAGUUUCCCAUGAUCAGAUUUACGGGUUUAGGACCACAACCUCAUGCAUAAAUUUGGACAAUGCGAGCAAAGAAUUUGUUCGUGGAGCCAAAACUGACAGACUGAAGGUCAAUGGGUCAGUCAAAAAGCCAACCAAGGCUCUGCAAAUCAGAUCUGCAUUGUCUUGUGUUGAAGAGAAGACAGGGUUAAGGGACUUUCUCCACAUUAACGAUUUUGAUAGAGGAACUAUAUUACAAAUUUUGGACAGAGCUAAAGAGGUGAAGGCGUUGCUAAAAUCAGGAGAGAGAACUUAUCUUCCAUUCAAGGGGAAAACAAUGGCUAUGAUAUUUGCCAAGCCCUCCAUGAGGACACGUGUCUCCUUUGAAACAGGAUUUUAUCUACUUGGUGGCCAUGCUAUAUAUUUGGGUCCCAAGGAUAUUGAAAUGGGUAAGCGGGAAGAAACUCGUGAUGUUGCUCGUGUCCUAUCUCGCUACAAUGAUAUUAUCAUGGCCCGACUUUUUGCUCAUCAGGAUCUUUUGGAUCUUGCUAAUUACUCAAGCGUCCCUGUAAUUAAUGGUCUGACAGACUAUAAUCAUCCAUGCCAAAUCAUGGCUGAUGCUCUUACAAUGAUUGAACACAUUGGUCAAAUUGAGGGAACCAAGGUUGUGUAUGUUGGAGAUGGGAACAACAUUGUGCAUUCAUGGCUAUUGCUUGCUUCCGUAGUACCGUUCCAUUUUGUAUGUGCGUGCCCUAAAGGUUUUGAACCUGAUGCAAAGACUGUUGAAAAAGCUCAACAGGCUGGAGUGGGAAAAAUUGAGAUCACUAAUGAUCCAAAAGAAGCUGUUAAAGGGGCAGAUGUUGUGUAUUCAGAUGUUUGGGCCAGCAUGGGCCAAAAGGAAGAAGCUGCAUAUCGCCGUCAAGUGUUUCAAGGAUUCCAGGUGGAUGAAGAACUUAUGAAGAUAGCUGGACCCCAGGCUUACUUCAUGCACUGUUUACCAGCAGAACGAGGUGUAGAAGUCACUAAUGGAGUCAUUGAAGCUCCAAACUCUAUUGUCUUUCCUCAGGCUGAGAAUCGAAUGCAUGCACAGAAUGCAAUUAUGCUACAUUCACUUGGCCUUUAAACAUCAAGUAUGUGGUUCUUAUAGAGCUUUUCUAUCUGAAACCCCUCAGUCUCUAGUCUGUUUUACAUUUAAAGGUUCUUCACAACUGGUUAUUGGCUGAGUUGGUUGCCGGGUUGAUCAUGUUUGACUUUUAAGAUAUUGGAUCAAGUAUUGAACCAGUGAUUUGCAAAGGCGGUUGUAGCUUAAACAGUUUUUGUGUGUGGCUUGUUGUCCAGCAAAUAGGCAACGCCUAGUUACCAUGAA